AUGGAUUUGAGUCAAGAUAACCUGUAUCAGGUGUUAUGCCAUGCACCCGCAUACCUUCUGUGUAAGUUUAAGAGUGUAUCUUCAGAAGUAGAUUUUGCGAGGGAGCCUAAUUUUUGCCGUCAACAAGCCCGCAACAUGCUUCAACAGGGCGACAUGCACAUUUUCGGUUUCCUUGACAUCGCAGCACCUUUCGGGCUGGACCUGUAUCAUUUAUUCGAUAAUGGUCCUUCACCAGGAUUACCAAUUCAAUUCUUGGAAUUAUUUAACAGACAUUGGAGAAUCCUCAAUUCCUGGAACGGGUUGGUAGUGGUUGAAUUUGAGAGAAUAGAAGUAACGCCACCAACGCCGUGCUUAUGCAACCCCGUGACCGGUUCAUGGGCCCUCCUAAAAUCUCCCAUGGAAGAGUACGACAAUCCUCAUGAACUUCAAAUGCAUAUCCUCAUCUUUCCAACUGACACACAUGGAAACGAUUUCAAGUUGAUAUGCAUUAACGGAGCUCACAGUCGGUGGGGUCCCCCAUAUGUGAUGAAGGAAUAUAACCCCGUUAAAAAUAACUGGGAAGUAUUGGAAAAUAACAUUGAGUUCGGGGCUAGGCCGCUCGAUCUUGACCAAGUGGCAGUCGUUAAUGAUAGUUUGUACAUGAUGUCAGAUAAUUUCGAUUACGGCGAGGAACAGGUUUGGCCGCCGUCUCCAUUGCCGUACAUAGUGCAAUAUUCCCCCGUCGAAAAAAAUGGUAACAUUCUACCUCUCCCUGCUGAGGCUAUUCAUAAUCCUUUUCAUGGUGCAUACCGGGUCUUCAAAUGGGGUAGCCGAUGGACGUCAAAAGAGUCUCUAUGUCUAGUUCGAUAUCUCGAAUUGACAUUUAAUCUAUGGAUCUCUGAAGAUGGACAAUAG